AGUGGGAAGCCCCCAGUUAAGGACAUGUUCACAGAUCUGAAAGAUGGAAGGAAGCUUUUGGACCUUUUGGAGGGUCUGACGGGGAAACCUCUGCCUAAAGAACGAGGUUCCACACGAGUACACGCCUUAAAUAAUGUCAACCGAGUACUGCAAGUCUUGCAUCAGAACAACGUGGAGUUGGUGAAUAUCGGAGGAACUGACAUCGUUGAUGGAAAUCACAAGCUGACGCUGGGGCUGCUGUGGAGCAUUAUCUUGCACUGGCAGGUGAAGGAUGUCAUGAAAAACAUCAUGUCAGAUUUGCAGCAGACCAACAGCGAGAAGAUCCUGCUGAGCUGGGUUCGGCAGUCCACAAGACCUUACAGUCAGGUCAAUGUUCUGAACUUCACCACAAGCUGGACAGAUGGACUCGCCUUUAAUGCUGUCAUUCACAGACACAAACCUGAGCUUUUCAGCUGGGAUAAAGUUAUACAGAUGUCCCCAGUUGAAAGACUGGAACAUGCUUUCAACAUAGCCAAGAACCACCUGGGAAUUGAGAAACUGUUGGAUCCUGAAGAUGUUGCUGUACAGCUUCCAGACAAAAAGUCUAUUAUCAUGUAUUUAACCUCUUUGUUUGAGGUCCUUCCUAAGCAAGUCACUAUGGAAGACAUCCGGGAGGCUGUAGCACUUGAAGAGGAGCAGGGCAGUUCUAGAGCAGAGACUCCCAGCACAGUGACAGAGGUGGAUAUGGACUUGGAUAGCUACCAAGUUGCUCUAGAAGAAGUUCUUACAUGGCUGCUGUCAGCUGAGGAUGCAUUUCGGGAACAGGACGAAAUAUCUGGUGAUGUUGAGGAAGUCAAAGAGCAAUUUUCGACCCAUGAAGGUUUUAUGAUGGAACUGACUGCCCACCAGAGCAGUGUGGGCAGCGUUCUGCAGGCUGGAAACCAACUGGUGGCUCAGGGAAAUCUGUCACCGGAAGAGGAGUUUGAGAUCCAGGAACAAAUGCUGCUGCUGAACUCGCGCUGGGAGGAUCUCAGGGUGGAGAGCAUGGACAGGCAGUCCCGCCUGCAUGACAUGCUGAUGGAGCUCCAGAAGCAGCAGUUGCAGCAGCUCUCCGACUGGCUGACGGUCACAGAAGAACGCAUUCAGAAGAUGGAAUCUCAGCUCUUAGCAGAAGAUUUGGAGUCCCUUCAGAAACAGCUGGAGGAGCAUAAAAGCCUGCAGAGCGACCUAGAGACAGAACAGGUGAAGGUAAACUCCCUAACACACAUGGUCGUCAUUGUCGAUGAAAGCAGUGGGGAAAGUGCAACAGCUAUUCUGGAGGAACAAUUGCAGAGGCUUGGCGAGCGGUGGACAGCAGUUUGCCGUUGGACUGAGGAACGACGGGUCAAGCUGCAAGAAAUUCAGCUUUUAUGGCAGGAGCUGCUGGAAGAGCAGUGCUUAUUGAAAGCUUGGUUAACUGAGAAAGAAGAGGCUUUGAGUAAGGUCCAGACAAGCAACUUCAGAGAUCAAACAGACCUGAGUGUGAAUGUUCGAAAACUAGCAAUUUUGAAAGAGGACAUGGGUAUGAAACGGCAAACGCUAGACCAGCUGAAUGAGAUAGGUCAGGAUGUGGCCCAAAUCCUUGGGAAUGGCAGAGCAUCCAGUAAAAUCGAUCAGGAUCAAGAAGAACUAACUCAGAGGUGGGACAGUUUGGUUCAGAAGCUAGAGGAUUACUCUAACCAGGUAACUCAAGCUGUAGGAAGCGUAGGGAUGUCACAGGUUUCACAGAAGACUGCUGUAGAAACGCCAUUGAAAGAACAGGUAGUGGUUAAACAAUCCAGACAGGAGUUGCCUCCACCGCCACCCCCAAAGAAAAGGCAAAUCCCAGGAGACAGUGAAGCAAAGAAAAAGUUUGAUGCUGAAAGUGCUGAGCUCUUGAACUGGAUUUCAAAAUCAAAAUCUGUGAUUCAGGCCACAGACAUCAAAGAGUACAAGAAGAUGAGAGAUACUUCAAACAUGAAAGAAAAGUUGAAGGCGAUUGAAAAAGAGCAAGCUGAAAAAAGCCAAAAGUUAGAUGAACUGAAACGAAGUGGACAUAUUCUUUCGGAUCAAAUGGGAAAGGAGGGUCUUUCUACAGUGGAUAUAAAAACUGUGAUGGAGAAAAUAUUGUCAGGGUGGAAAGAUAUGGUUCAACAUCUGGAAGAAGUGGCCAGAAAGAUAAAGUACCAGGAAGAUAUAAAUGCUUAUUUUAAGGAAAUGAGCGAGCUUGAGAAGACUAUAAUUGAGAAGGAUGACUGGCUUAAAAAUGACGCUUCUUCAGCAUUCCAGCCCUCAGCAGUCCUGAAAGACUUAUGCCAGCGGGAGUUAACUCAUCUCAUAAGCCUGAGUCCACAUUUGGAACACCUGAAAGCCACCUGCAAGGCACUCACCUCUCAGCCUGCGCCUCCUAACUUCAUUCAGGAAAGCUUGAACGGUUUUCUCGAUCGCUUCAAGUUGACUCGUCAGAAACUAGAGGAAUGUCACCAGCAGCUGAAGAAAGAGACAGAAAGCCAGCCGAGCCAGGACUACGUGGACUCCCUGCAGCGGCUGAAGGACACGCUGAGCGAGCUGCAGUGCAAGCAGCAGUCCAUCGCCAGCGGGCUGAGCGACCCCAGUAAGGUUGAGAAAGCCCUGCAGCAGGCAAAGGCGGUUUGUGAGACACUGGAAGCCCAGAAGCCCAGGGUAGAUAAACUUGCUGAAGAAACAAAGGCUUUGGAGAAACACGGUUCUUCGGAUAUAAAAAAAGUCUACACGCAAGAAUUCAAGCACGUGCAGGGAGACUGGGACAAGUUAAAGCUCAAGAUUUCCAAAGAUGUUAAACUACUGGAGGAAAUUACAUCCAAGUUGAGACUAUUUGAGGCUGAUUCAAAAGUGGUUCAGAAGUGGAUGGAUGGUGUGAAAGACUUCUUAAUGACAGAAAAGGCUGUUCAAGGAGAUACUGAAGGACUUCAAAGACAACUUGACCAGUGCACA